AUGGAUGCCAGACGGAGCAAUGGUUCAAGCCUACAGAUCCCAGUCAUUGACAUAUCCGAAGCCAGUGCAGCGGACACAGCGGGCCAGCUAGUAGAUGCGGUUGCUCGAUAUGGCUUUGUGUUUGUCAGGGGUGAAGGAGUAGGUUUCACGAAGCAGACUCUCGAUAAUGCCUUUGCAUUGUCACAAAGAUUCUUCUCAUCAACCAUAGAAGAGAAACAGGAAUGUGCUAUCCAAGCCAAUAAUAUCGGCGAUUCUUCCCCAUUGACGCUGUCCUAUAAGAUUCCUCUCGAAAGACGUGGAGACUUUAAAGAGGCAAUGAACUUUGGCGAAUUUACCGAUGGCAAAGCACAACAGCCUUUACCGCCAUCUCUUGCUUCACAUGAAGCCGAGCUAUAUCAUUUCGGAGUACUUUGUCAUGAGCUCUGCAUUAAGCUCCUGCGCCUCUUUGCUCUUGGUCUCAGAAUCGAUCCCAACCAAGGUGGCAAGGAUUGGUUCUCGUCUCGACAUGAUCCAUCUCAAGGCUCUUCCGGCAGCGUACUUCGGUUGCUUCAUUAUCCCGCAGUCGAAAUGGAUAAAUCUUUGGACACUACCGUCGACAUCCGAGCCGGAGCUCACAGCGAUUAUGGUAAGCGCCAGUGUUUCAGACGAUUCAAAGAGAAGAAUGACUUCACUAAAGGCAUAGGUUCCCUCACCCUCCUUUUCCAGCGCGCCUCCCAGCCAGGCCUCGAGAUCCUUACUCGAAGUUCGUCCUGGUCUCCCGUACCUAUACAACCACCUGGCACAGAAGAUGACUCCUAUCCACCGAUCCUCGUUAAUAUUGGGGAUUUGAUGCAUUUCUGGACGAAUGGACUGCUUAAGAGUACCGUGCACCGAGUUGUCUUCCCAGAAGGGGAGAGUGAAGAUAGGUAUAGUAUAGCAUACUUUUGCCAUCCUUCGGACCAUAUCGAGAUAGAAGCUGUCCCGAGUGACAUGAUACGUGACAGAGAAACGGAAAAGAGGCAGCAAGGUGUGAAGACGGUGACCGCAGAGGGCUAUCUGAAAAAAAGGCUCGCGGAGACGUACGGUUGGGGGAAAUUGCAGUCGCCAGAGCGUGAUUAG